CUCUCUUCACCACCAGUCACCAUCUGCCAUUGCCGAGAACACCACCACAUAACCACAUCAGACAGUAAAGCAAACAAACAACUCUGAAUCAAGAAUGUGACACUAUUCUUGUCUUUGAUCUGUUUUUAUGCACUGGAUCGUCGAUUGAGUUGAAAAGUCAUUGCGGACCCCGCUGGUGGAAGGUCGAAUCCAAGGCAUUGGGGUCAAUUCUCUACCAGCUUGUAGACAGUCCCUUCAGCACCAACUUGACGGCGACCGAAGCGCACGUUGGAGGUAGCGCACCAGCCAGGCCAAAGUAACUCGACGUUACUUCGGUACCGACGGCCGGCUGUUAUCAUGGCUCACACAACCUUCCCUUUGAACUUACCCAUCCCCCAGGAUGACGGAGCGUGCUCGCAUUUGAAAGGGUCACAGAUACCAUCGGUAUGCUUGGCGUCGACUGCCGACGACCAGCUAGAUGUUGCAACCUGUUCAGGCCUGACUAUCCUCUUCUGCUAUCCGCGUACUGGCGCACCUGGUGAAACAAUCACAGAAGAUUGGAACUCCAUACCAGGAGCACGAGGCUGUACACCUCAGGCGUGCAGCUUCCGCGAUGAGAUGGCCCAACUGCGCGACCUCGGCGUAAAGCAUGUAUUUGGAUUGUCGACUCAGGACACUGCAUACCAGAAAGAGGCCAAAGACCGGCUGCAUCUACCCUACGAACUGCUUUCGGACGAGAAUCUACAAUUUGCUAAUGCCCUCAAGUUACCCACCUUCACCUGGAAGAAUCAGACACUGAUUAAGAGAUGUGCGCUGGCUGUCAAAGAUGGAAUCAUCAUCAAAAUCUGGUACCCUGUCUUCCCUCCCGAUAGUAACGCAAAAGACGUAGUGGAGUGGCUCGCAGGCAGAAAAUAGUAUAUGCAGGUACCAUUUCCGUGCCCCUGAAACGAGUUGGUACCACAUUUGGAGGCGCACCCGCGAACUUCAUGACUCGGGACCUACGGUGCUUUUACGGCUGCCGCAUUCGGCAAUGCUGGUCAAAAGGGGAAAUAGAGAUAGGUGUUGUACUGUAGUGAGUACUGCGU